UAGAGCCUCGACAGUCGGUACAUUUUGAUUGCGUUCACGUUUUGUUGUAUCAAAUUUUGACUUGUAAUGAAUAAAUCAUUCAAAUAAAAGAUUAUGACAUCAAAAGUAAUUAUAUAAGCUUGGUGAAUGAUAGUGUAAUCAAUUGAAUGACGUGUUAUAAAUAUUUUUAUUGAAUACCGCUACCAUGAGUUUUCUUUCGGAGCCGCUUUUAUUUGCUUUUUCACUCUUAGAUACAGGCGCUAUACUCUUUGUUUUAGUGUAUUUUGUCAUUGCACUGUCUGAUCUCGAAUGUGAUUAUCUGAAUGCCCAAGAAUGUUGUUCAAGAUUAAAUUCGUGGGUUGUACCAAAGAUUGUGGCACAUACUCUGUUAAAUCUUUUACUAUUGCUCCAUGGGCAAUGGAAUCUAGCUUUAGUAAACCUACCAAUGAGCCUGUGGCUAUGUUAUGAAUUUUUCACAAUUCCUCAAGGCAACUUGGGUGUUUUUGAUCCUACAGAAAUUCAUAAUAGCGGCCAACUAAAAAAACACACGCGAGACUGCAUGAUAUACCUUGGAUAUUACCUUAUCUUCUUUUUCAUUUAUCUUUACUGUAUGAUAAUAGCUUUACUACGAGGAGAUCCUAUAAACAGAAAAGACGACGAUGUUGUUGAAUUUUAAAUAAA